AUGGGUGUGAUGAUAUUGGUAUUGUUACUAUGCUUUGAGAUAUCUUGCUCCCAGCAGAUUAAUAUGAUAGAAGAGGAGAAACGAGCUCUGCUUCAUACCAAAUGGUGGGAUUUUAGUCAUAACUUCUCAGGCAUAUAUUACAAUGAAUUUGGAAGCGUUAUUGAGAUUAGUCGGCCAAUGAUCACUCCAAAAGACCUUCGACUAGCAGAUCUAAACUUCACUGCAUUUCCCAACCUACAACAUUUGGAUCUUCAUGAAAUGGGUUUGAUAGGUAUGAUUCCAACUCAAAUUGGACUUCUUCAUAGUCUUAUCUCUUUGGACUUGUCUAACAACAAUCUUAAUGGCACCAUUCCAACUGAAAUUGGAGCUCUUCCAAAUCUCACUCAUCUAGACUUGUCUUACAACAAGAUUAUUGGUACCAUUCCAACUCAAAUUGGACUUCUUCAUAGUCUUAUCUCUUUGAACUUGUCUCGGAACAAUCUUAAUGGUACCAUUCCAACUCAAAUUAGGCGUCUUGAUAGUCUAGUCUAUUUGGACUUGUCUGACAACAAUCUUAGUGGUACCAUUCCACCUCAAAUGGGAGCUCUUGCAAAUCUCACUGUUCUAGACUUGUCUUACAAUAAGAUUAUUGGUACCAUUCCAACUCAAAUUGGACUUCUUCAUAGUCUUAUCUCUUUGAACUUGUCUAACAACAAUCUUGUUGGUACCAUUCCACCUCAAAUGGGAGCUCUUGCAAAUCUCACUGUUCUAGACUUGUCUUACAAUAAGAUUAUUGGUCCCAUUCCAACUCAAAUUGGACUUCUUCAUAGUCUUGACUAUUUGCACUUGUCUAACAACAAUCUUAAUGGUACCAUUCCAACUCAAAUUGGACUUCUUCAUAGUCUUAUCUCUUUGAACUUGUCUAACAACAAUCUUGUUGGUACCAUUCCACCUCAAAUGGGAGCUCUUGCAAAUCUCACUGUUCUAGACUUGUCUUACAAUAAGAUUAUUGGUACCAUUCCAACUCAAAUUGCACUUCUUCAUGGUCUUAUCUCUUUGAACUUGUCUAACAACAAUCUUGGUGGUACCAUUCCACCUCAAAUGGGAGCUCUUGCAAAUCUCACUGUUCUAGACUUGUCUUACAAUAAGAUUAUUGAAUAUGUUAACCCUGGUAAGAAAUUACGUGGAACACAUAUCUGA